GCCAAAGAAGGACAUGCACUCAGUCGAGCAGAGACCUCGUCAGCUACCACGCGAACCGAGGCAUGCUGGGUGUUUCUCUUUCAAGCAUACUUGCACUGACCUAUUUAUUUCCUAAAACCCUUAGGUACCGUAAGAAAAAGCCAGGAUUUGGAAUCGUACACUAUUUGGCUAGUUUCCCACUAAACAGAGACCAGCAGCUUCAUGCCCAGGCUCCCGGGGCAGACGGGAGGCGAAGAAAGAACUCGGAUUUCUAGAAAGUUUUAUUGCAGUUGCUUCUGAAUAGUUUCGUUUUUCUUUUUGGGUGACCUGGAAGUCAAAACACACGUUUUUGGACCAUGAACCGCUCCCCUCGGCACGCUGGCUCGCGUGGCGUGGCUGAAGAUCGGAAGCUUUACAUCGUGGAUUCCAUAAACGACCUGCACAAGCUCAACCUCUGUCCCAGCGAACCCCAGCACCUGUUCCUGCCCGAGGAGAAAAUCCCAGGGGGCGGCGCUGCCUCCGGAAGCACGAACUACAGCCUGUUUUUUCUGGGGCUGAUCGGCGUGCUGAUCGUCAGCCUGGCGCUCGUCUCCUUCGUGAUUUUCCUAAUAAUUCAGACUGGAAACAAGAUGGACAACAUGCUGCGAAGACUGGCAGCUGAGCGAAAGGACAUAGAUGAUCUCAAAAAACUCAACCGCAUGAUUGUGAAGCGACUCAACCAACUGGACGCGGGACAGAACUGAAGAGAUGAUUUUCCAAGAGCACCUGCUGACCCCACGCUUCUCCUGUGCUGGGCGCGUGCGGAUGCCCGGCAUUUCUGCAGACGGUGGAUUAUCUGGAGAGUGAGCCCGUCCUGCGGCCACCUUCCUGCCAGAGGGAUACACACAACUCCAAGGCCAGGGAAGGGGUGGAAAGUGGCCACAGGGACUCAGUUUAUGGCCAGGUCCUUCCACUUUAAUGGGGUGAGGCGGGUGGCUGGCAUGCAGGACAACCAGUAGGACACAAGAUAAUUCAGCCCGCUACACAGGACAUCUCUUAUAAUGGUGCUUUGUCACCAGAAUAAGUUCACCAUCCCAGAGAGGUGUGUAGUGCCUCCCACACUCCCACGGUGAAGGACAGCAUUUGUGGCCAAGGGAACCGGGUGACAGAUAAUCUUUUUAA